CAUGCCCGAACGGAAACAGUUUGGGGCGUGGAAACUGUCGUCGGCGGGCUGCCAUUUUGGCUCGUCCGGAGCAUUAGCUAGAGCGGGGCUUCUGCAGGGGCCGCCGAGCCCAAAUGGAGUAGAUUCAUUGCGAGGUAUCCAAACGUAAACACAAACCGUACACUGUCAUGUGAGCUUUGUUUACUUCCGCACGACCCUCGAGUACACGUGUAGUGCAAGCCCACUGUCAGUGUGAAGUACAGGCCAUGGCCGCCCCCAACUCCAUUAAACCCUUCAGCACAGAGGAGAGCCAGAGGAUUCUGCGUCAUCUGCAGCAGCCAGCAGUCUUCAUGAACAUGACCUGUGGCUGGCCUGUUCUCCACUGGACUGCAGAGCACCUGUCCGGCUGCCUCGCUGACAAACUGAUCCGAUUUAGACUUGGGAGCAAAGAAGAGAAGAACACACCUCUGUUUGAAACCCAGUGUACCUAUGUGGAGGCCGAACUGGUGCACUUUCUCAACUGGACCCGGGGUCAGUCGGGGACAGAUGUUGGGGCUUUCUCUGAAUUCCCCUACUCAGAGUAUUGGGCUUAUGCUGACUACAAAUACAUUGCCAUCCUGUUUCAAGAUCAGCCUUCCAUGUUUGAGGAUGUAAAGUGGUCUGACUUUGGUUUUGAGGCGCGUAAUGGGAGAGAGAGCACCUUAUGGAUUGGUACAGAGGGGGCCAACACACCAUGCCACCUGGACUCUUAUGGCUGUAACCUAGUACUGCAGGUACAAGGACGGAAACGCUGGUACCUCUUUUCUCCAGAGGACACUCGUAAACUCUACCCCACCAGGAUCCCUUAUGAGGAGUCCAGUGUCUUCAGCCAGGUGGAUGUGCUCCAUCCGGACCUGAGGAGGUUCCCCGAUUUUCAGAGAGCCAGGGUCCACAUCGUCACUCUGUCGCCAGGAGAGGUUCUUUUUGUUCCCAGACACUGGUGGCACUAUGUGGAGUCACUGGAUCCCAUCACUGUCAGCGUCAACACCUGGAUCGAGUUGGAAGUGGACAAUGUUGCAAGGGUCAGCGAAGCUGUGACCAAGGCUGUCGUCUGUGCUAUUAAAAGUGCUCAAAGAGAUGACAACACUGACAACUGGCUCAAUCCCACUGAGGAGGGAGUCACAUCCCAUAAUGAGAACAUGCAGUACGUGAACCUGGCAGUCAGGGCUUGCGCUCAAAAACAGAAGGACGUCUGCCACAGCAAACUGACCCAGGACCCAAGAGACACCCGUCCAGCUAAACGGGACUCCGGCGGACAAAUUAGGAAAAACAGUGAUCCAGUGAGGGAUUCUGCGCCCUUCAACAUUCCCUUUGGGCCACAUCUCAUCUCUGUGCGCUGUCAGCGAGAGGACUCGCCAGAAACGAGGGAGAUGACCCCAAAAGAUCUGGGGGUCAAAUCUUCCAGGAAUUGUGCAGGCAAAUCUCAAAAGGACUGCACUGUCAGCUUAGGUGCAAGACCGAGAACUGAGCCUGCAUCUGCUGUCGUACGCCACCAGGGAAAACAUGAAUGUGCCCCUGGUUUAACUCAGUGUGGGGCACGUGACUGUGCAGAUGGGACGUCAGAGAACUCCUCAGAUGAUUAUGAGGAAUCAAGACAUGCAAUAAUAACCACUAAUGACCUGUUGGACUGUCUGGUGCAUCCUGAUGUCAUCACCCGUGUCACUGAGCUUUUACUGGGAAGGCACACAGGGAAUCACAGGACCACUGCACCGUCCUGGCUUUAAUGUUCACCUGCUACACACAAUAUAUAAGUGUCACUGGAGUUUACGGCGAUUUAGAGCGGUGAAAAAAGCCUAAAUCGCUGCAGAAAAUCCAUCCUCCAAGAUAUACAAUCAGUAUAGUUUCACCCUAUUUUUCUUUCUCCUCUCAUCUGUCAAGGUCCUCCGGAGAUCGAGCCCAAAUGCAAUAGGUCACAACCAAAACUAAUUGUAAUGCGAUCCGUGACGCCAUCGAGUGGUUCUAACAUUUCCAUGUGUUGCUGUCCUGCACAUACUAAUCCUGUUUGGUUCUCCCAGAGUAAGAAAAAUGACCACUUAAAUCAAUUUAAUAUGCUAAUAAGCCAAAUAAUUCAAGAUGAUAUUCCUGGGAUGUGAACAUUUGUUUUCUGCAUAAUGUCUCUCCGUCAUUUAGCGAUGAGAAUUGUCGUUGAACAGCCGCAGUGGGCUGAUCGUAAUGUUUCCAUGAUUGAUGAAUGCUGUGUUAGGAGCGAUGAAUGAAAUGGGUCUGUUUGAAUGCAGUGCACUGCCAACAGGUGACACAUCUCCCAAGAGACGAAGGGUGUGUAUAUCUAUAAAUAUAAUAAAUGUAAUUUUUCCACCAACAAUUUAUCUGCUGAAUGUGGAUUUCUGUUCUUUGUUUUCUACUGACAUGGACCCGACCA